AUGUAUCUGUACAUGUUGGCCCUACCUCCAGAACUGUUGGGUCCGACGUCCGCCCAGCCCCACUCCGUUCGUGGGAGCGGAGAGCCUCUGAGGACCGUCGGACCCCACAGUUCUGGGGGUACCCAUGGGCCUACGGAGUCACGUACAGUUUACAUGUUCAAGAUGGAUGCUACCAGCCAGCCAGGCCUUUACAUUGGCGUUGAUGUGGGAACAGGGAGCGUGCGUGCAGCAGUGGUUGAUGACACCGGCGCUAUCUUGGGCAUGAGGAGCCGACCGAUCAGGAUCUGGCAAUCUGGAGGGGAUAUCUACGAGCAGUCGACGGACAACAUCUGGGAAGAGUGCUGUCAGGCUGUCAAAGAGGCUAUGAUUGGGCAAGACAGCCAACGAAUCAGAGGCAUUGGCUUUGAUGCAACCUGUUCACUUGCUGCCAUGGAUACCAACUUCCAGCCAGUCACUGUCAGCUCUAGUGGGGACAACAACAGGAACGUCAUCAUGUGGAUGGAUCACAGGGCGUCAGAACAAGCCAGCACGAUAAACUCCACCGACCACAAAGUUCUUCAGUACGUCGGUGGGGCUAUAUCACUUGAAAUGCAGCCGCCCAAGCUGCUGUGGCUGAAACAGAAUCUGAAGGCUGAAUGCUGGGACAAGGCUGGCCAUUUCUUUGACCUCCCCGACUUCUUGACGUGGAAGGCCACUGGAGAUUUGUCAAGGUCGCUGUGCUCCGUCGUGUGCAAGUGGACAUACCAAGCAGAUAACACUGGAAGAAAAGAAUGGAGUGACUCCUUCUGGGAGGGCAUCGGUCUUGGGGAACUCCGAGAGAAGAAUUAUGCCAAAAUUGGCAGUAAAGUUCUGUCACCAGGGGAACCUGUUGGUUGUGGACUGACCAAUCAGGCAGCUUCAGAGCUGGGCCUUCCACCUGGCACACCUGUUGGUGCCUCCAUCAUUGACGCCCAUGCUGGGGGGCUGGGUGUGCUUGGGGCUGACGUUUCUUUGCACAGUUCGAUGCCAGCCGGCAAAGAUGAUGCCAUCACAACUCGACUAGCUCUGAUAUGUGGAACGUCAUCAUGCCAUAUGGCGAUUAGCAGUCAACCCACCUUUGUGCCCGGUGUAUGGGGACCGUACUUCAGUGCAAUGGUGCCGGGCUAUUGGCUGAAUGAAGGUGGUCAGAGUGCUUCAGGUAGACUCCUUGAUCACAUCGUGGAGACUCAUCCAGCUUACAGAAUGGCUAAAGAUGAAGCUGACAGAGGAGGAAUUACCGUCUACCACUAUUUACACGAUGAGUUAAAAACAUUGGCAACGGUGCAGAAUUUAACCUCGCUGGCAGAACUGACAAGGGGUUUUCACAUUUGGCCCGAUUUUCAUGGCAACCGUUCUCCUUUGGCAGACUCAAGUCUUAAAGGAAUGAUAUGCGGCUUGACGCUGUCUGCAACUGUUGAAGAUCUCGCUAUAAUUUAUCUUGCCACCGUCCAGGCCAUUGCUCAUGGCACAAGACACAUCAUAUCGUCCAUGGAUGCAGCGGGUCACUGCAUAUCAAUAUUAUAUGCGUGUGGUGGGCUCAGUAAGAAUUCCCUGUUCAUCCAGACACACGCUGAUGUCACAGAUCGCAGAUUGCUGUUGUGUCCAGUUCGGUGACCUCAGUUGUGGUUGCCGUGCUUCAUUUUGUCCAGAUGCAUCUCAUGGUUUACAUCUUAUUUGGCAUGUGCAUGGUCUGCGUGACUUGCAUUCUGAUCAUGUACUUGCACAUCUUGAGCAUUGCCAGGCGCCAGGCGCGACGCAUUGCCGAGGAAAACCUGCCAGCCAACGAGGAGAGGACGAGCACCAAGUCGUUCACAACAGUCUUGAUCAUUGUGGCCUUCGUCGUGAUCAGCUGGAUUCCUGUGCCUGUGAUUGGACUUGCUUACGGAGUCGAAGAAGAUAAACCUGGAUGGCUGAUCGUUUUCUCGGUUUUGUGCCACUUCACUAAGUGGAUAGAUGGAAUCAUCUUUUGCCUGAGAAUGAGGGAGUGUAGGCAGACCCUUCACAGAGUGGCAACGAUAGCUUUGAAUGCUAUAAGUAAAAAAUGCCCGUGCCUUCACCCAAACUAAAUGGCAUUCCGAAAAUACAUGUAGCUGGCUUGAUCAUAAUUAUUUGCAGCAAUUGGGAGUGUGUUUUUCGUGGCAGAUCAAUAGUUCCAUUUGUGUCUGAUGACUGUAUGGUGCAUACAGCUGUAUUAGGCACGUCACAUUUUAUCAAUUUUUUUUUUAUUUAUCAAUUGGAAUUUGUCAAGUGGACUAGAAAGCAAACACAUAUCAGAGGGCCUUUAUCAUCAGAUCCAGUUUCUUAGAGGAUGGCAGAACUGAAACGUGAUGGGAUGAUCGAUUAGGAAGUAGUUUUGUGUUUAUAAUUAUACAAACUAUUGAGACUGCGGACAUUUUGAAAGCUGUUAUAAUUAAUAAUUCCUUGGACUCCUGCCAAUUACAAAUUCAGAUCGAUUAGGAAGGAAUUUUGUAUUUAUAAUCAUACAGACUAUUGAGACUGGACAUUUUGAAAGCCGAUGUAAUUAAUGAUUUCUUGGAAUCCUGCCAAUUACAAAUUCAAGCAGUAAAGCUGGAGCCAUGGGGUACAGCGUCACAUAUUGACAGACUGUGUAAAUACAACGUAGUAAUCAGGUUUUGUAUUAUAUGGAUGCUGAUUCUGAAUUUACAUUGAUUUAAUGGUUGGGGAUGUGCCAUUCAAUUCAACAUUUCUCGCUGUGGAUAAUGCCAGUGUAGCCCUACGUAAUAAGGCGCCAUGUUUGUUUUGCUCCGGUACCGCCCAUGUACAAAGAACUGUCAGAUGAUUAACUGUCAAAUAGUGUAAGUUUGCAUGGCCAGAAUCACAAAGGGUCACUUUGGUGCACCAGCAGCCGAAAGGAAAUUCCUCCAUCUUGCGUGAUUUUCAGGGGUCUAAUCUACCCCCUUCCCACUCCUUAUACGAUUCUAACUAAGCCUCAAUCUCCUACCCCCCUCCCUCCUGUAGUCUUUUUGUGGUUUCUCAGACCUGAAGUGAUAAACCAUCAAGUAUUUUAUGUUUGUCAUUAGAGCUCUGCCUGUAUGAUGUGAACCCGCAAAACAUGAUGAAUUACAUGUAAGCCAGCGCACUUUUCCGGGGAAUUAAACAGAAAUUGCUGUCAGCCCACUGAGAUUAGCUUGUCCAAGCUGACAUGUCUCGGCUACUCAUUAGCCUAGUGUAAUAGGUACCUAUAUUAUAACCUUCUCUAGUUUUUGAUAAUUGAGAUGGAUGGUGUAUUACUCAGCUGAUCUGUUUCUGUGGCAACUUAUAUAACUUUGAUGUGCAUGCAUGUACAUGUAGCUAGUCUAACAGCAAAACAUCUCAUUAUUUGUAAUAUUUGUUGUAUAAAACUCGAUGGGUAGCACUUGUGUAACAUGACCCCAGUAAAGAAAACGUGUAUGUAAGAUUUAAAUAAUGCUGUUUAGUCGGAGUAAUUAUGUAAUAAUGUUAAUUUUGGCAUAGACUUCAAUUAUUUUCAGACUUCAUUUUUUAGCUCAGCUGAUUAAAAUAAAAUAAAUGAAUUCCACAUUGAAAGUAUACGCACAGGCACUGAACGUCAAGCUAGGGUGUUGAGGGUUUCAAAUAAACCCCAUUCAACGUGGUCAGCCUUUUCCAAAUUUUUCUUUUAAUACCGGGAUCCGGUAACUGGAAUUUGUUUCUGAAGGGUAAGGCUACAUUUUGGCCAGCUUUUUUUAACAAGCUUUUGGAAGAAAGGGAAAUGAAAAGCACCCCCCCCCCAAAAAAAAUUUGCCUUUUUAUCAUUUGGGGGGGGGAAUGGCCAUGGCCCCCUGUGCCCCCCUAUCACCCCAUCAACCCUUCCAUCAGCAUUGUUUGCAGCUAGGACUAAGAAAUUGGGUGGUUUUUACCACGUAUUUGCCACGACCCACUAAAAGCAUAGAAUCCUUAUACACUUACAACUACAUGUAGCUGCAUUC